AUUAUAGAGAGAGUAACCUAAACAGUUGCUAUACCAGACGAAUGAGACGCAAAGGGGUGAAAAAUAUCCCAGCAGAACGCCAAUUUUGACUGGAUCGCUUCUAAUAAGCUGAUAACUAAUCCAGUACGAUAGAAGCUAGUCGGAUAUCAGCCUGUGGCGAGUUCUUUCAGCCACUCCAAGCGGGUGACUUAUGAGCUUAAUUUAUAAUGCAUGCAUGCACUAUUUAUUAAGGAAAUAUAAAUCUUUUCACUUCUCACCUCGGAUAUCGCCGUCUGAGUCAUCAUCAACGUUCUAAGCCAUCUUCGCGCAAAUCUGUAUCUUCACUCACAACCACCAACUAACAAGAAAAAAUCUCUAGAAAUUUAUUGAAUUUUAGUGUUUAUUACUUAAUUUACGCUAAUCUUUAAAUUUCUUAUUAAAUUCCUUAUAUUUCAGUCUAUCAACGUAGAUUUGUUAUAUCGGGUUCAAUCCAGUUGUGAACACACAGUUUAAGCUUUUAAACAGUUUAAUUUUACUCACCAACAACAACACACCUUCAUUGGUCGUAGUUUAUCGUAUAUAGGUCAGACAGUUCAAUAGCCUAUAUACUCACACUUAACAAUCAGUCAACGCAUGGUUCCGCUUGUUAACAGACGCGAUGGGUUCACUCAACACCCAGUCGCAAACUAUUCACACCCUUACCAAAUUCCUUCACAAUCAUCAAGGCAUUCACAAAAGCGUGCUAUCGAUCCUUUAAUGGCACAAGCUAUCGCGAUGUUACCAAAGCCUCCAACUUACAUUCCUUCAUUAAAAUGUACUUGGAGCAACAAAUCAUCGCCACUUGAUGUUUAUCAACAACAACAACAACAAUCCAUCUUACCACCUGCUGCUCCUCAAUUCUACAAUCCAGCUUUCUAUCCAGUACCUGCACCUAACUCACAAUGGGCUAGAGCUCCAGGCGCUGAACGUCGCUCAAUUGAUUUAUCUACUUUACCACCACCACCUGUCGACUUGCAAGCUCAAGCUAACGCACAAGCUUUCAUUAACCAACAACAAGCUAUUGCUACAGCUAACGAGCAAGCUCAAGCGCAAGCUUUGGCACAACAACAACAACAACAAUACUUUAUGCCAAAACCUGAGCAACACCAACCAAAACAAUCCGGCAAGCAACAAAAUGCUGUCAACCUAUCUGGAUUCGCUAGUGAAGCAAUCUGGGAUUUGUGUUGGUCAUCUUCACCUGCAUUCGGUAACUUGAAUGACAGUCAAGAUGAGGAUGUCGUUAUGCAAACAGGUCAACCUGCGCAUUAUAGACAACCAAGUUGGUCAGUUUACGCGGGAGGUGAAGACAUCUACGGUAGACCAAAGUUAGAACCAACAAUUGAGUUUAGACGCUGGACGUAUUCAAUCUUGACUCAAACUGCUCUCUCAAAGCAGGCUCUCUUUUUAGCAUUAUUCUAUGCUUCAAGAUUGCCUAUUCAUUCAGCACCAAACGUCUUGCAAUCAAGUCCAGAUAGUGCACCUUACCGUCUCUUAACUAUCGCUUUGGCAUUGUCAAACAGAUGGUUAGAUGACAACACCUACACAAACAAAACCUGGUCAGAAGUUACAGGUUUAGGUUUGAAAGACAUUGGUGCCUUAGAUAUGUGGGCAUUAGUUGAUCAAUCACUUGAUGUCAACGUAUCCACAGAUGAAUGGACAAAAUGGAUGUACAGAAUCAGAGCCAGAGAGGAGAAGGUUGAACAGGAGAGACGAGUAUCUGGACGUCAAGAAUCAACAGAGGUUAGUUACAAUGAGCCAAGGAUGGUAAUCUCAGCUGUUGAUGAAUGCUUGAGAAAUCAAUUUCAAGCAGAUUACAAACAUGCGGUUGAAUUCUCUUCAGCUGCUGUCGCAGCUAGACAUCGUUACUCACCUAUCGUUGACGUACCACUUGUUCCAGUUUACGAUUGUCAAAAUAUUGACUUGGAUCAAGAUGGACCUUUACGUCAAGUUCAUCAUACUCAACCAAGGCCAAAUCAAAAUCAGAAUUACAUGAGUGUAGAUGGUUACAUCCCAAUUACAUCACAAAAGAAUAUGAUGUAUGAGGAUGAAAGUUGGGGACGUAUGGGUAACAGAAGAAUGUCACAAGUACAACCUUCUCAACAUCAAUACUUUCAACAACAACCAACAUUAGGAGGUGGAUUAGGACUUGGUGGCUUUCAAUUAGCAGAUUAUCGUCGCCAAGUAGUCGCUUAAACAACCUUUUUUACUAGUGAUAGAAUGAACAAUCAAUUUAUUCAGUAAUAAUACUCCAAGAAAAAAUUUGAAAAUUAGUUAAAAAAUCAACAAAAAAGAACAACUAUUUUCAAUAAUUCAGUCACUUUAAAAAUAUUCACUUUGUUAAAUAGAAAUAGCGAGAAAUUAUCAAAGAAAUCAACAGAAAAAAAAGGUGAAAAGCUAGAAUAAUCAAAUAAUAAAUUUGGUGAAUCUUUUAUACUUUUAUCAUUAAGUUGAUAAUUUCAAUUUAUCUUUUUCGUUUCCUCGUUAAAGAAAAUCUUAAUAAAUCACAACACACAUCAAUCUAAACUUGCUACUAGUUAGCAAUUUUUUUUAGUUUCAUAU